UUCGGGCUCUUCCUGGGCAUCUACCUGGCUGCCCUCCUUGGCAACGGCCUCAUCCUCACAGCCAUAGCCUGCGACCACCGCCUCCACACCCCCAUGUACUUCUUCCUCCUCAACCUCGCCCUCAUCGACCUGGGCACUAUUACCACCACUGUUCCCAAAGCCAUGGCCAACUCCCUCUGGGACACCAGGACCAUUUCCUAUACAGGUUGUGCCACCCAGGUCUUUACGUUUGCUCUCUUUCUCACAGCGGAAAUUUACCUACUCACUAUCAUGGCCUAUGACCGCUAUGUUGCCAUCUGCAAACCCCUACACUACAGGACAAUAAUGACCAGCAGAACUUGUGUCAACAUGGCAGCAGCUGUCUGGGUCAGUACUUUUCUCUAUGCUGUGCUGCACACUGCCAAUACCUUUACACUUCCCCUCUGCCAAGGCAAUGCCCUGGACCAGUUCUUCUGUGAGAUUCCCCAGAUCCUCAAGCUCUCCUGCUCACAUGCCUACCUCAGAGAAGUUGGGCUUCUUAUGCUGAGUGUAUUAAUAGCAUUUGGUUGUUUUGUUUUCCUUGUGCUGUCCUAUGUGCAGAUCUUCAGGGCUGUGCUGAGGAUCCCCUCAGAGCAGGGCCAGCACAAAGCCUUUUCCACAUGCCUCCCUCACCUGGCCGUGGUCUCCCUAUUCAUCAGCACUGCCUUUUUUGCCUACUUGAAGCCCCCUUUCACGUCCUCCUCCUCUCUUAAUCUUCUGCUGGCAGUUCUGUACUCGGUGGUGCCUCCAGUUACUGUGAGAGACAGUACUGAAAUUUGUACUGAAAUCCAGGAAGAUUACAUUGACUGGGUUCCUUUAGUCAAUUAG